UGCAGGUUUCUUCUGCAGCCUGGAAGGUCCCCUCUGCCCGCUGCUCCUUCCACGACACUGAAACACUGAAAGCCCCGACCUCUGCGUUCGGCUUGGUCUCCUCCCAUCCCCACCCCCAGCCCCGAGUGGUGCGUCCCGGGUCGCAGGUCACGCGGCGGUGGGGGCGCGGCCUGCUAGGAGCCCAGGUGAUGCCUCUGGAGGCGUUUUCGGGCGCCCGUCGGAGCAGCGUCGGCAGUGGAGCGAUGAUGGGCCGGAGUCGCCUCCCCUUGGUCCUCCUGGCUGCAGCCGUCGCCUGUGCAGUGGCGCAGCACGCGCCGCCGUGGACAGAAGACUGCAGAAAAUCAACCUAUCCUCCUUCUGGACCAACCUACAGGGGCCCAGUUCCGUGGUACACCAUAAAUCUUGAUUUACCACCCUACAAAAGAUGGCACCAGUUGAUGGCUGACAAGGCACCAGAGCUAAAGGUUUUAAUGAAUUCCAUGAAGAACAUGGUAAAUGCAUUUGUGCCAAGUGGAAAAGUUAUGCAGAUAGUGGAUCAAAAGUUGCCUGGUCUACUUGGCAACCUUCCUGGCCCCUUUGAAGAGGAAAUGAAGGGAAUUGCAGCUGUUACUGAUAUACCUUUAGGCGAGAUUAUUUCAUUCAAUAUUUUUUAUGAAUUUUUUACCAUGUGUACUUCAAUAAUAACAGAAGAUAAAGAAGGGCAUCUGCUACAUGGGAGAAACAUGGAUUUUGGAGUAUUUCUUGGGUGGAACACAAAUAAUAAUACCUGGGUCGUAACUGAGGAACUAAAACCUUUAACAGUGAAUUUGGACUUCCAAAGAAACAAUAAAACUGUCUUCAAGGCUUCAAGCUUUGCAGGCUAUGUGGGCAUGUUAACAGGAUUCAAACCGGGACUGUUUAGUCUGACACUAAAUGAACGCUUCAGUAUAAAUGGUGGUUAUCUGGGUGUCCUAGAAUGGAUUAUGGGAAAGAAAGAUGCCAUGUGGAUAGGGUUUAUCACUAGAUCGGUUCUGGAAAAUAGUACUAGUUAUGAGGAAGCCAAGAAUAUAUUGACCAAGACCAAGAUACUGGCCCCAGCGUACUUUAUCCUGGGAGGCAACCAGUCUGGGGAAGGUUGUGUGAUUACACGAGACAGGAAAGAAUCUUUGGAUGUAUAUGAACUUGAUCCUAAGCAGGGUCGAUGGUAUGUGGUAGAAACAAAUUAUGACCGUUGGAAACACCCCUUCUUCCUUGACAAUCGAAGGGCACCUGCAAAGAUGUGUCUAAACCGCAUAACCCCAGAGAAUAUCUCAUUUGCAACCCUGUAUGAUGUCCUGUCAACAAAACCUGUCCUCAACAAGCUGACUGCAUUCACAACGUUGAUAGAUGUUGCCAAAGGUCAGUAUGAAGCUUACCUGCGGGACUGCCCGGACCCUUGCAUAGGCUGGUGAGCACACGCCUGGCCUACAGAGUGCACCCUCCGAGACACCAAGGCACGACCGCAGAUGUGGCUGACCAGCGCAGCUGUUGGAUCUUCCAAAGACUCGGACUCAGGACAGGUUCUGUGUGUCUUGAGCUUGUCCUCCAUACAUUUAGUUUACAGACUGUUUUUGCCCUAACAGAUCAUUUUUCUUAUUUACAGAUAACUUCUUAAAAGUGAAGUAAAACAAUCAUCUAGAGUUUUCCAAGUUUCAUUUCACUUUGACAUUUAGGGACAGGGAUGGCCCAUUAAACCAUGUGGGAUCCGCCUCCAUGUAAUACAUCAACAUUCUCUGUGGGUAUUUAAUCCAGUAUGUCUGUGUGAGUACUGUAAAAGCAAAUAGUCCACACUAUUCAGUUUUUCAUUUUUAUCUCAUAUUUGUAUGUUUUUCUAUAUAGCAGUCUUUUCCUCUGGUUCUAACUACUACUAAAAUUAAUAUUCCAUUGUUUUUGCUGUUAAUGACAAUAUAAUUUCACAUGUGAUCAGGGGGAUGAGACAGACAUUCAGCUGUGUAUUUCUUUUAAUGGGCAAUAAAUGGUCCUUUGACUCUACAAAUAGUACUUUCUGGGGUUCAUGAAGUGAGCAGUAUGCAAGGUGGUCUUUUAUACAAAGAAAUGAAGUGUUCCUUUUUUCAUAAUUUCUCUACCUCCCAGUAACCCCAGGAAGUUGCUAACUUCAAAAACUGAAUUUCCAGGUUCUGUGAGUUAGUAAAUAAAUACAUCAAAGACUUGUGCAAAAUAGGAGGUGAACUCAUUUAUUUUAACUUAAGUAUCAUUCAUUUAAUAAACAGGUUUUCAGUUUAUACUUCUGAUCAACAUGUAUUUUUUUUAAACUUUUAGUGUAAUUAUUAAAAAUGUUUUUCAGAAAUCAAAUCUACUUAUGAAAAGUGCCAAUAGAACUUGUUAACCUUUCUAACUUUCACAAAACUGUGAAAUGUACGCCAUUUGUGCAAGACUGUGUUCACUUCGUUUUGUAUAAUCUCAGUUGUAAUCAUGACACUCAAUAAACAGUCAAUGGAA